GUCGUGGAAUAGCAUGCAUCCUCCUACAUAUGUCCUCCCCGCUGUGUGGCGGCCACGAUUUCAAGUUAAGUUCAACUUCAUUUCCGAUCCGUCCUGCCGCGAACGAAUACGCAACUACUAACUCUGCCAGCAAAUUUUGACUGCGUGAAAUGUAAAUCCGAUCCAAGUCUUGAGCAUCUGGUGUCUUUAUCUUGAUGCAAAGUCUAAACUGAUGGAGCUUAGAUGACGUGGAAUUGUGUUCUAGUGUCCAUCUAUUCUGUGGUCGCUAUUAUUUCAAGUUGGGUGCACCUUCAUCUCCGAGGCAUCCCUCUAUCAAAGAAUCUAGGUGAAUACGCAACAGUCUGCCAAAUUCUGCGUAAAUUCCUAGACCAGACUCAGAUUCGGGCACCUCUAAGCAGCCAAUUGCUUCUGAUGUCCCGCUUGUCAGGGAAAACUAUGUUGGCAUUUUCGGCCUUACUCAGGCUUUUCUUUUCACGACGUGUCUAAUACACCGGUCAUAUAGUGGGGUUAUAUAUCCCCAUACGGGGUACGGGUUUCGCCUUCAGUCUUACUUCUAUCCCACAGCCGUGUUUUCAAGCCGACUCUUCGCAUGCUUAUUGACAAUUUUCACCCACAAAUUACAAUCGAAACUUGCAGUAUAUUGCGUGUGCACACUCUGAAGUUCCCAC